AUGCUUGAAACGGAUGAAGCAGACUCCAGUCCCGAAGUUGGUGAAAGUGUGGGAGAUCUGCCCACUGUUGAACUCAACCAGCCCACUGGAGUACCAGUCCUUCACCACAAUGGCUGGCUGAGUCGUGUCCAGCAGCUCCUCCCAGAAAGUUUUUCUUCAAAGAUGGAGGGGGUGUGUUCAGAGGCUAAUGAAGAAAACUAUGAAUCCAUUGUUCUGAAAAAUAGGAAAAGCUCUCGUCGAGUCAGCUUUGCAGAUACUAUAAAGAUAUUUCAGGCAGAGCCUCAGAUGAAAAUAUUGGGAAAGUCAGAAAAUUCAGGAAAAGAAGCAGGAGAAAAUGUUCUGCCUAUUCAGAGUAAAAACCCAGAAGAUAAUCACUGUGAGAUUACUGGGAUGAAUACUUUACUUUGUGCUCCCAUUCAUAUUCAACAGAGAGAAUUUUCAAUUACAGAACACAGCCAAGAAAGGAAACAUGGAAAUGGCCAGACAAUUAUCUCUUCAGAUGAAAAUCAGAUGGACUUGACAGCAAGUCACACCGUGAUGAUUACCAAAGGCCUUUUAGAAUGUACUCAAAGUGAAAAAUCCACCAAGAUAGAUACCAAAUCAUUUCUGGCUAGUUUAAAGCUCUACACUGAAGAUUCAAGAAUGAGAAAAGAAUUAAGUGUUUCUAUGGAUCAAAAUAUUUCUUCAGAAAAGAAAAUAAAUUUCAGUGACUUUAUAAAAAGAUUGAAAAUGGAAAAAUCUAAUGCUUCUCUUUCUGAAGAAUCUGAUAAGGAAAAUUGUGAGCUAUCUGCUCAUGCCAAACAAUCAGAUAAUGCCUCUUCUAUACAUCAUCAAAUGCAUGUGUCUUCUAAUAUAGAUGAGAAUAAUGGUAAUAGGACUAGAAUCUUUAGUGAACAAGAUGAUAGGAUGAAUAUAACCCAGUGUCAUACAGCCAGUAUUCAGGCUUUGGUUCCUAUAUGCAAUGAGACCAGCUUAAAGGAAGUUAAAGGUGAUGAUAUUACAAUUUGUGGCAGUGAUUUUAUGGAUUUGACAAUUAAUCGCACUACACAGAUUUUACCAUCAGUAGAUGAUUGGUCUGAAAUAAAAAACCAAACUCAAAAUGUCAGGAUGGAUGUUAUAACAGACGAUGGAGCUAAAUCUCCAGGAAAGAAGAAAAUCUUUAAGAAUAAACUGAAUGCUGUAUUUCAAGACUCAACCUUAGGCCCUACUAAUGAAAUACAAAUGACCAGAAGUCAUAUUCUGGGAACUGAAACUCACAUAGUCACACAGACCUGUGACCAAGAUGUUAAAAAUUUGGCUGUGAUCUCAAAAUCUGUAUGUUCUAGUUCAACUGUUCAAGAUUAUAAAACAGUUUUUUAUUCUAGUUGUAGUGAUGCCAUGGAAUUGACUAAGUGUGUCUCAAGUAUGAAUGAAGAGAAAAAUUUGCUAAAGCAUGAUAGUAAUUAUUCUAAUAUAUGUGCCAAUUCAGAUACCAUGUCUCUUGUAGGAAAAACUUUGUGUUUAGAAGAGGAUAACAUGGAUAUUACCAAAAGUCACACAGUUGCUAUAGAUAAUCAAAUUUUUAAACAAGAUGAGACAAAUGUACAGAUAGCAGCUGUACCAAUAUCUGAAAAAGUAAUGAUAGUCCCAAAUCAAACAGCUGUAGCAGAAGAUAGGAAAAUGAAUGUAAAUUGUAGCUCGGUUCCUCAUGUAUCUAAGGAAAGAUUACAUCAAAGUCUAGCAGAUGCUUUAUCUGUUUCAUUGACUGACAGAAGGACUAAACUGUUCACAGAUGAAGAUAUGGAUUUGACUAAAUAUCACACGAGUAGCUUAGGAAAUCAAACUCCUCUUGCAUUUUAUAAUCUAGCGCCUAAGAGUACCAGUAAAUCUUACUCUGCCAGCAAAAAACCAUCAGGUGAAUGGGAAAAAAUGAAUAAAAAUUGCAUUGAACAAUCCCCUCAACCAAAUGCAGAAUCUGGAAACGUCUUAACCUGGAGCAAAGAAAAAGAUCAGGUUUUGAAGAUUUCAUCGCAUCUUGAUAAAGAUUUUCUUCAAUCACUUGGUUGUAACCAGAACAAAGCAAAAGCCCAUAAUAUAAUCUCCUCAGGUAGAGAUCUCAAUAAGCAAGUAGAACUGGGAAAUAAUACAAAUAUAAUAUCAUGUGAGCAAUCUUUGUUUUCUACCACAAAACCUUUAUUUUCAUCAGAAAAACAAGUGCUUGUGAAAAAUGAUAAUACAAUUGUUAAUAGCCAAACAGUGCUGUCUGUAGCAGGAGAGAAUUCUAAGCUGCCUGAGUCACUGAGAAAAAAUUUAAGCAGUACCACACGUGACUGUUCUGAUGACAAGAUGAUUGGUUGUUCAGUGGAGGAACAAACUAUGGAUUUAACCAAAAGUCAUACUGUUGUCAUUGGAUUUGAUCCUUCUGAAGUACAAGAACUUGGUAAAACUAAUUUACAACACACUAGCAGUCAGCUAACAACAGUAAGCAGACAGAUGGCUGUAAAAGAUGAAAAAUAUGAUAUAAAUCCUAUAGAAAAAACUGGGGUAUUUGUACCUAAUGAUACAGAAGUAUUGGUGGACAAAAUUGUUCAGAAACCUGGAUUUCUGAAUGAAAAGCAAAAUGUCAAAAAUUGUGGAAGGGAAAGUGUUGGUGCAUUAAAAAUGGAUAAGACUAUUGUAUUUUCAGAGAAUAAUGAGAAUGAUAUGGAUAUCACCAAAAGUUAUACCAUAGAAAUCAAUCAUAGACCUUUAUUAGGCAAACAUUCCCAUUUGGUGCCUUUGGCAGAAACUUCUAAAACUCUUUUGUAUACAUGUGGACAGGAUGACAUGGAGAUCACUAGAAGUCACACAACUGCCUUAGAAUGUAAAACUGUCUUACCCGAGGAAGUAACUGUUAGUCCUGUGGACAAAACUGUCAUGUUUGUAGAUCAUCACAAUGAUCUAGAAAUGACAGAAUCCCAUACUGUUUUCAUUGACUACCAAGCAAAGGAGAGGACUACGUCUAAAUCAACAACCUGGAAAAAUGAUAAAGAUAUGCAAAAGCCUGGAUUUCUGAAUGACACUCAAUCAGAUAAGAAUAUGCGAAGGAAAAGCCUCAGACUCAAAAAUGACAAGACUAUUGCAAUUUCAGAGAUUGGUAAAAAUGACAUGGAUAUCACUCACAGUUGUACGGUGAAAAUAAAAAAUAAAAGUGUCUUAGAAGAUCAAGAGGACUCUCAUUUGAUGCCUCUGGCAGAAACUUUAAAAACUGCUUUGUAUACAAAUAGACAGGAUGACAUGGAAAUCACUAGAAGUCACACAAUUGCUUUAGAAUGUAAAACUGUUUUACCAGAGGUAGUAACUACGAGGCCUAUUGAUAAGACUGUCAUGUUUAUAGACGAUCAUAAUGAUCUAGAAGUCACCAGGUCCCACACUGUUUAUAUAGAUUGUCAAGUCAUGGAUAAAAUACCUUUAGAGUGCCCUAAAUUUGGAGUAACAAAAGGAAAAAAUUUAAGUGUUACUUUUCCAAAGGAUGACAGCACUGUUAAAGAAAUUACUAUAAAGCAGGCACCAGCCAUUGAAAACAAAAUUAUUCCUCACACUGAACAGCAUCAUGUGGUACCGUUUGUUCCGAAUAGCACAUUGUCUGGGGAUCAAGGCGAGAUAGAAACCAUCAAAUUCCAUAGCACUUUGGCAGAUAAAAAGAUCACGGAGGAGGUUGUAGAUUGGGCCUACACAUUGGGAAAAGCCAAAACUGAAAGCUGUCACUUAAAAAAGACAGAUAGAAUUAAUACGGAUUCUGUACGCAGUCAUUUAACUGUUACUUGUGGAUCCAGUAAUAAUUAUUCCUGUUUACCAAAUGUAAUUUCCUGUGUUGAUAAUAUGGAAGAGGGUAGCAUGUCUUUGUGUGAUAAAGACGAGAAAACCAGUAAUUACCCGGUGCAAAAUGAACUAGCAUAUGCAAAUGAUUUGGCAGCUGAACACUACUUGAAUUCUGAGAAACUGCCUAUCUCUGAUUGUUGUCCUUUGAUAAAGAAGGCAGAAGUUACUCAAACCAAUGCCAAAGUACAGUUAGACUAUCUUUGUCUACUCAAAGAUCACGAGGAACUGGCUAAGGAUCCCCCAAACCUAUUAACUAAUGAAACCUUAGUAGGUAGUAAAGAUCUGGGGGAGAGGCUUAAAUUUAAUUCAAAUCGAGUAUCUUUUAAGCUUCCAAAUGAGCCAAUGGAAGACCUUGUUGAUAAUACAGAACAUAGUUUAAAAGAGACCUUUGUUGAUGUUUGUGUUGCAUCUCAGCCUAAUCUAUCAACUCAUCUACUUUUAUUACCUCAAGAAGGACAAAAUAUUAUCAAUAAAGAUGAAACAAUACUUUCUAAACUUGGAUAUAAGAAUUUAAAUAUUGCCACAGGAAAUUCUUGUAUACCCACAUAUGAAAAUGAGUCCACAAGGCUUAACAAUGAGAAACCAUUUAUUACAGCUUAUGAAGAAGAAUUGAAGGAAAAUUUACAAACAGUUAAAUGUCAUACAGGUAAAGAUUUCCACAGUAACUCAGACUUACUUAAGCAAGUCAGUCAAACUCAUGCCAGUCUCAACAAACCAUCAGAUACUGUGAUUACAUCAGAGGUUCCUACAGUGCCUAGUGUUAGUAUUAUCAAAUCAAAUUUGAAUAACAGAAAUGGAAAAACUGAAGAUUUUUUAGAUUUUCAAAUUGUUCAUAUAUCACCUCCUCCAGAACAAUUACUUGAUUUAGCAAAUACGGCACCCAGUGAUAUGAAUAUAGUGAAAACAAAAGACCAAUGUAAUAUUGACAUAGUGUCCAACAAUCCUAAAGAUGAUAGAAAUGAAGAAAAUAAAAAUUCUCAAAAUGGAGCUGACAAGUCUGUAUCAUUAAUGACAGUUGUAAAAGAUAAAACUAAAAUCAAGAAAUGCUCUUUGGGAAUCUUUUUGCCCAGAUUGCCAAAUAAAAUAAAUUAUAGUGUCACUGGUAUGGAUAAUCUGGAGCAGAUUCCAGCCGACACAAAAGAUUUAAAUCACUUAGAAACUGAACCAGUCUUUGGCAAAGACUCAGUCAUUGGGUUUGCUGCUGCUGAAGUGAACUUAAGUCCAUCUCAAUAUAUAAAUGAAGAAAAUCUUCCUAUAUAUCCUGACAUUAAUUCAUCAGGUUCAGUUAGCAUAGAAACUGAGGGAAGUAUUUUAAUUGAAGCAUACCAAUGUACGAUGUCACCAUCUGAAAAUAAAAUAGAAGAAACCUGCAUUAAUCAAAAAAGAACUUGGGUACAAGAAGAAGAUGAUGAUAUUCAGAAUGAGAAAAAAUUCAGGAAAAAUGAGAAUAGGUUUAAAGAUGCUGCACAAGAUCAGCAGAUAUUUGACCACCAUACUGAAGAGGGUGUAGAUAAAAAUGCCAACAGUGUAUUAAUGAAAAGCCUGAACAGGACUCCUUCUAGUUGCAGCAGCUCUCUGGAUUCAGUCAAGACUGAUGGGACUUCUCUGGACUUUAGUACACAUCGCAAUAGUCAAAAGGAAUCACAGUUUCUCAGAGACACAAUUUGUGAAGAGAGUUUGAGAGAGAAACUUAAGGAUGGGAGAAUAACAAUAAGGGAGUUCUUUAUACUUCUUCAAGUCCACAUCUUAAUACAGAAACCCCGACAAAGCAAUCUCCCAACCAAAUUUACUGUAAAUACACCUCCUACUCCAGACGACCUGAUGUUAAGUCAGUAUGUUUACCGACCCAAGAUACAGAUUUAUAAAGAAGAUUGUGAGGUUCUUCGUCAAAAGAUUGAGGAAUUAAAGCUCUCUGCAUUGAACCAAGAUAAGCUGCUGACUGAUGUAAAUAAGAACCUAUGGGAAAAAAUGAGAUACUGCUCAGAUGAGGAGCUAAAGACCUUUGGAAUUUACUUGAACAAAAUAAAAUCGCGUUUUACCAAGAUAACUAAAGUCUUCACUCACCAAGGAAAAGUGGCACUCUACAGCAAGCUGGUGGAAUCAGCUCAGAAUGAGAGGAAGAAACUUCAGAUAAGAAUGCAUAGAAUGGACUGCAUACUUAAGAAGAUCAAUAACUGUCUCACUAAGGUGGAAAUUGAAACGAAGUAUUUUGAGGAUGAAGAGAAAGACCCUCCUAUGGAAGAAUGGGAUUCUAAAAUGAGAGCUUCAAAGAAAGAACUGGAACAGCUGAAAACUGAAGAAGAAGAGCUUCAAAGGAAUCUCUUAGAACUGGAGGCACAGAAAGAGCAGACAUUUGCCCAGAUAGACUUUGUGCAAACACAAACAAACAGAACUGAAGAGUCAUUAGAUCAGUUGAGCUUGCCUGAAUGGGAUGUCAUUGAGUGGAGUGAUGAUCAAGCUGUAUUCACCUUUCUUUAUGACACAAUAGAGCUCACCGUAACCUUUGGAGAAGCAGUAGUUGGUCUGCCUUUCCUGGACAAGGAUUGUAAGAAGAUUGCUGACCUGAAUUUUCAUUCAGUUUUGGAUGAGGAUAAAGCUCCUCCUUCUUCCCUUUUAGUUCAUAAACUUAUUUUCCAGUACAUUGAGGAACAGGAAUCCUGGAAGAAGAAAUGUACAACACAGCAUCAGGUUCCCAAGAUGCUUCAAGAAAUAUCAUUGAUAGUGAGCCAUUGCAGGCUCCUUGGAGAGGAGAUUGAAUUCUUAAAGAGAUGGGGACCAAAUUAUAACCUCUUGAACAUAGAUAUAAAUAAUACCGAAUUGAGACUUUUAUUCUCCAGCUCUGCAGCAUUUGCUAAGUUUGAGAUAAUUUUGCCUCUCUCAGCCCAUUAUCCAUCUGUCCUAUUACCUUUCUCUAUUCAAAAUCACCUUGGGAACAUUGGCCAAGAUGACAUUGCUGCCAUUUUAUCUAAUGUGCCACAAGAGGACAACUAUCUGAAGAAUGUAGUCAAGCAAAUUUACCAAGACCUGCUUCAAGACUGUCAUUUCUAA